UAUUCGAAAAUGGCUCAUUACAUCUUUCUCAAAAUAUUUAUGAGCCGUCUCACAGUCCAACAGUUACAGGCCAAAACCUGAAACUUUCAAAACAUUGUAUUUGCGUAUAUAUUUAUCGUGGAUUUGCGCACACAAUUCUCCAAGCAAACACCUACAAAGCUUUUUCAUUCAGAAAUGGCGAUUUUAGCUAAGCCCUCAUGCACUCUCCUCUUCAUUUUGACGGUCUCCGUUAUAGUGGUCUACACCACCAUUCGCAGCCGCUUGAGCCACCCCACCGCCAACCCCGCCGCGGUGAAAAAUCUGUACUACAGAAACGCAUUCCUUUCUUUUUCCAGCGAAUAUACUGUUGCCGCCUACCUACACCACCUCACCCUCCAACCCCACCUUGCCGGCACGCCUGCAGCCAUCAACACCGCUCUUUACGUCAAAGCCCAGUUCGAAGCCCAUGGCCUAGAGACCCGUUUCUCCAACUACUCUACACUCCUUUCUUAUCCUAAGCACUCGUCCGUUUCCGCGCAAUUUAGCAAUGACACCAUUAUUUCCCUCCCUCUGGCUGAGCCUAACGUCCCUCAAAAUGGCGUCGUAAUGCCCUAUCACGCAUACUCCCCUUCCGGCACGGCUUACGGUAAGGCGGUGUUCCUGAACUACGGGAGAGAACAGGACUACCGUGCCCUGAGUGCGAAUGGAGUGGAGGUUAGGGGAUGCGUGGGAAUAGUCCGCCGAGGUUGCGGGCUGUCGAGGUACGAGGUGGUAGAAAAUGCCGCGGCGUAUGGAGUGGCGGCGGUACUUAUGUACACCGAGGGUGGGCCCCUCAGUGAUAUUAAUAAUUCAUUUCGUGGGGGUGUCGAAAGGGGAACUGUAAUGAAGGGCUUUGGGGACCCUCUGACUCCAGGAUGGGCGGGAAUUAGUGGCGGUGAGAAGCUGGACCCAAGCGACCCACGGGUCACUCAGAGAUUUCCCUCAAUUCCAUCGCUUCCUGUGGCGGAGGCGGUGGCUGAGAGUAUAUUGAGUUCAUUGGAAGGGCCCAUUGUGCCCUAUGAGUGGAGGGAUAACCUAAAUGGUAGAAUUAGACGGGUGGGGCCUGGCCCGACCAUGCUCAACUUUGACUACGAGGGUGAGCAAAAGCUGGCAACCAUCCAUAACGUUUUUGGUGUCAUAAGGGGAUCAGAAGAGCCCGAUCGGAUCGUGCUUCUUGGCAACCAUAGAGAUGCAUGGACUUAUGGUGCUGUCGACCCAAAUAGUGGAACUGCUACUCUACUUGACAUUGCUCGUCGAUAUGCUCGACUUUUGCGCUUAGGGUGGAAACCGAGAAGAACAAUUGUUCUUUGCAGUUGGGAUGCUGAAGAAUUUGGGAUGAUUGGAUCUACAGAAUGGGUUGAGCAAAACCUCGUGAAUCUUGGCUCUAAAUCUGUAGCCUACCUUAAUGUGGAUUGUGCAGUUCAAGGGCCUGGGUUUUUCGCUAGGGCAACUCCUCAGCUAGAUGAUCUUCUUGUUGAAGUGACAAAGAAGGUUAAGGAUCCCGACUUGAACAACGUAAUUUUGUACGAACGGUGGAGAUCUGCCAAGAAAGGUAUCAAUCAGAUCCAGAGACUCAGUGGAAUUGAUUCAGAUUUUGCUCCUUUUUUGCAAAAUGCUGGGGUUCCUUCUAUUGAUUUAUAUUAUGGCAGCGACUUUCCAGUCUACCACACAGUUUAUGACUCCUAUAAUUGGAUGACGAACUUUGGCGAUCCAUCAUUUCAGAGGCACAUAGCAGUGACGGGCGUGUGGGGACUUCUUGCGCUUCAUCUGGCUGAUGAUCCAGUUCUACCUUUUAACUAUCUCUCUUACGCUGCUGAAUUGCUGGAGUAUAAAACUCUGUUGAAUAAUUUGUUGGAAGGGAGAAUCUCAUUACAUCCAAUUGAUGCUGCCAUCAAAGAAUUCACAGCCGCUGCUAAUAAAACCGAGGAGGACUCCAAGGAACUGAGAGAGAAUGAAAACGUGGACGAAUCUUUGGUUUUGAGAAAACGCAUGUUAAAUGAUCGAUUAAUGCUUGCUGAAAGAGGCUUCUUAGACUCGGAUGGCCUUCAAGGAAGGCCAUGGUGCAAGCAUCUUAUAUAUGGGCCCCAUGGUGACACCGGAAGCAAGGUUGAGUUCUUUCCCGGAAUAAUUGACGCAACAUCUCAAAGCACGAGACUAGAUGAGGAAGAAAGGCAGGCAGCCAUACGGCAUGAGAUCUGGAGAGUUGCUAGGGCCAUUCAAAGGGCUGCCUGUGCUCUAAAAGGUGAAUUAACCCGUGGAUAGUCUUUUCUCAUGUUCAUAAAAAUUAUGUUUUUAACAUGUUUAGAACUGUAAAUAUAGCUCCUUUUUUGUCCUUUCGGCGUGCUUUUCUUGAAAGUUUUGUCGACAUGAUCAUUGAUCGUGAUACAAAUAUGAAAGAAUUAUCGUCCUUUGAAAUUAUAUUUUGAAAAAUUACGUGUUAA